AUGAGAUGGUCGAGUUGGCAUGUAGCCCUUGCAAUUUCAAUCUCUGUAAAGCUUGCACUGAACUGCCGCAGAUGGUAUCACACGAUUUCCAUCCCGAUCAUCCUCUGGAGUUUUGUCUACACCAAUAUGAUAAGAAACCGCGACACAUCGUCUGCUCAGGGUGUGGGAACAUGUCUUCAACCUCCUUCUACGAGUGUAAAGAGUGUGAGAUUUAUUUGGAUCUUGAUUGUGCCAUUCAAGAGAACAUCUUCAGGGGCUGGGAUGUCAAAAAUUUGCUCCAUGACAGCCAUUGCCACUUGCUUAGAAGAAGUAGACCAGGACCAGACGCUAAAGGCUUUUGCCUUCUCUGUGAGCUUUCUCUCUCACCAUCGACAAUAUGCUACGGUUGCGUUUAUUGUUACUCGUUUGUUCACGAGCGUUGCAUUGAUCUUCCCCGAGAGAUUUAACAUACUGUUCAUCCUACACACCCUCUCAAACGUCUUGAUUUCACACGAAAACCUCGGUGUGAUGUGUUUGGAUUCCGUGUUGAGAAGUCUGAUGCAUAAGUCUCAUCAGCACAAACUGAUUUAUAGAACUAAUGCUCGCCGAUAUUUCACAGAAGAUAGUCCAUGUCAAAUAUGCACGAGAAGUAGUGUGAUAUUUCUUGACUCCUUCUUUUGCUGCAUGGAGUGUGGUUUGAAUUUCCAUUUUGAGUGUCUUGACAUACCAGAGUAUGUGGUCAGAAAAUCACAUCACAUUCACCCACUCGUGUGCGAACUACUCCCAGCUGAUGACGAUUUUUUGGAGUAUUGUGGCGUUUGCGAGACAAUGAUAUACGCAGGACAUCAUGCUUAUUCAUGUCAAGAAUGUGAUUUUCUAGGCCACAUUGGGUGCAUACUACGCGAGGAAGCACCUUCCCCGUUAUACUUGAAAGAAUUGUAUUCUUCCAGCGAAGAAAACACGAGACCAAUAUAUCAAGAAGAGCAUGAAACCGAUGAACUCGAAACCAAAGUAAUGGUAUGGCUUUUUAAUACAAACUAUAGUAUACACUAG